CUGAAAGUAGUCUCUUCGUCAAGAAACUGCUCAAGUUCUUCAAAAAUCAAAGAAUCGAGUAGUGCAAAGAUGGAGGUCAGAUUCACAUCGUGCUUGUCCGCUAGAAUUCCAAGCGUAGAAGAAGAAGUUCAAAGCGGUCGUGUGCUCACCUCCUAGUACUUAUCCAAAAGUAAAUGCUGAACAUGCUGUACUAGAGGAAACGUCAAGCAUGGCGAUGCUCCAAGAACAUUGAUUGCUGUCACAAGAGAUCACUUUCCAAGCAAGAGUAAAAAUCUUUAUCUUUCCACAUCAAGGAUAUUUCCUGCAACAUCUAGAUCCAUUUGGCUUUUUUUUGAAAUUUUUGAUUCCCCAUUUGACUUCAGAGUGUGACCAGCACUGUAUCAUACUUACAGUAUUAUUUUUAUCGAAGAGACGUAACUUCGGUCACAAAUUGGCACAUCUUCAUUGCUCCAAACGAAAUUUUCUUAUCAUCAAGCGACUAGCAUACUAUUCAUUCUACCUCAUUUCCAUAGUAACGUGUAUCGGAGUUGUCUUGUCGUUCUUGUAAAGACAAUUUCUUAUCCAACUUUUGAGAGUAGGGCAGCUACAGUCGAGGACGUUGUACUCACAUCACCAAUACGGAGUACACGACGAUGGAUACUAGAAGGAUCGAUACUAUCGGAUAGUGAGUUGAAGUUGAUAUAAGUACUACCAGCAGCAUUAAGGAAUACAGAGCAGCAUUCAGACGUCCAUACUCGACAAAACCACACGAUCGGAAACAAGAGGAGCGGCAUUCGUCAAUAUAAUACUUGAAUUUUCUCAGGAGCAGGUGCUUUUUUUGCUAUUGCAGAGCGGAAGUCGAGUAGUAGCACAUCACCGACAGUCGAGAGUUCAAGUGAAGGUCUCAUCUCUGAACAACACACCUUACACUUACACGAAGCACUUAUUUCAGACAACGCUGAAACAAGAAUUCGCGGCAUUCAUCUGUGACAAGAAAACAACGGAACAAGAAGAAGAAGUUCGCAAAGCGCGAAGAAGCAAUCUCGUUCUACCAAGCAGUGAUAUCAAAUAACAAGCAGCGUCCGCGAAAAUUCAUGAAUAAUAGUAUCAUAAACAUUCUCUACACAUCUUUUGAUACUUCCACAAGUACAACUACUGCCCCAACGAUUCCCUACUGCGACAAGAUGGCGGAAGAAAAGACUGCGGUGGAACGCCUCCUGAGGGCUGAGGCGGUGCCAGAUGAGCAGAUCCGGCUACUGCUGGACGAAGGCUACGACACCCGAAGUGUGCUCAAAUCCAUGACGGAGCAAAACAUGGAGGAGCUAGGCUUGAAAAAAGGACACAUAAGCAAACUUAGGCUGGUACUUGAAUAAUGGGAGAAGAAAUAGUGAUCUCUCGUUUCUAUUGGUAGCGUGAUGUCUGCUGAGGUCCAUCUUCAUCUUCAUUUCUGUUAUCAGAGUCAAAAGGUCCACCUCACUGUUAAAAUGUAUCACGACCUGUACAUGAUUCCGUCCUCACCUCCACCAAUUAUUAGAAUUUCGUUCGCCGUGCCAACAUGAUAUUCCAAUUUCAACGUACUUCUAAUGCACGACAGGUCCAGCAAAAACUCGGAAAGAAGACGACAGAGAAAGCGCCAGCGGCUUCCUUGACGACGAACCCAGUAGAGUAUGUUAGGGAGUAUUUGAGGGAGUAUUUGACCCUAGGAGAGGCUCCUUUCUGUCGGUUCUGUAGCGAUUCGUGGAGUGUGGCUGAAACAAACAGGCCAGAGAAGAAACAGAAGGUACGAUCAUGUAGAACUAGUUCGUCUGUCGCUCCGAACGUUUCAUCCUCUACUAAAGAUGGUAUUGGUAAAAACUACAUCAUAACAUCAACAUCAGUCACCACAAUAUUGCGACCCACCAUAUCUUCAAUUGCAUCAGGGCGCCGAAUACACUCCCCGCGGUGUAGAGGAAAUCCAGAAGUUGGUCCAAGUCUGGCAGAGUUACGCACAUCCACGCGCACGAAAUUUUUUCGCGACCACUGAGUUGCUCGAGCACGUUCUGACGCAGGUGGCGCGAGGAGUGGAUCGGGAGGAUGACCCGAUUCUAGCAGAUGGAGAUCACUGCGUACUUAUACCACUUUGUUAGAGUGUGUUAGAAUUACUAGUUUAAGAUUUGAGUAAUCGUGUGUUACCACUUCGAAAAUGGAAGUUGAAGCGAGUAAUCCUGUGUUACCACUUCGAAAAUGCAAGUUGAAGGGAGUAAUCCUGUGUUACCACUUCGAAAAUGCAAGUUGAAUCGUGUGAAGGACAACUUUUUUUCAUCAUCUUCAACAUGAUGAAAUUUCAAGGAAGUGUCUCUCUCUUGUUGUUUUUUAUUUUCCUCUGACUGUUUACAUUUGACCUCAGAUUUUCUGGUACGGCGACGUGACAAAAGACGAAGAAGCGGCCAUCCGAAUGGUCAAACCCGGUGAAGAAAAGGAGUCGAUCACGUACUUCUAAAGUCUUUGGCUUUUAAGUCUUUUGCUUUUUGGUGUGUAGAAGCGACCGACUAAUGCGUGUAUCUAUCUGCUGAAAAUGAUGAGACGACAUCUAAUAAUCCGAACGAUCUUAUCAAUGUCUAUCAUUGUCUCUCACCAACUAACAAGUUGUCCUCCCCGACGACACCAAAACACCAAUACAAUUAUGCAGGUACGUGAACCGCGUCUUAGCGUUUAUCUUCGCAACAGACGAGAGCUUUACGAAAUUGAUGUCUCUACCGAAAACCCCGUUUAAGAUGUGCUGUCAAAACCAGCUGUGCAUCAACCUCUCUCACAUCAGUAGCUCUGCGGAUUAAAGUGCUAAACACAAUAGAUGUCUACUCAAAAAAGGCAGUCUAAACGAUGGAGAGUUUUCAUGCUGUAUACAAAAAUACUUUGGAAUGCGUUGUCUCUUAAUUUACAAAAAGCAUCGAUACUAGGGUGAGCUACCCCACUCUCUCGUCAAGGCACUUUCUACUACUUGUUGUAUAAAUUUCAUGCAAAAAUCUAGUCGGAGUAACCAGACCCAAAUGUUGAUAUUAAUUCGAUUGGAAACUGCCCGUCGGCGAUGUUUACGGGCUCAAAGAAAUUUGUAAAAAUACGUUUUGGGUCUCCUUUCAUCGAUCUUCAAAUUCAAACUUUAGAUGUCUUCAUUUGAAGGCUAUGGCGAUAGGUUCUUGAGUACUGUAUUCGCGCUUUUAGCUGCCUUUCAACUUGCAGAUAACAAAGUCAAGCUUCAGAGUACACAUCGGAAGACUGCUGAUGUUGAGUGUCAACUCUUAUCAUCAUCGUCCCCCUGUUGUAUCUUAUAAUUCGGACGGAGUACUAUUACACACCACAUAUCACUCUGGUAUAAUUCAAAACAUCCCAAGAUAAUGGCAAAAGGUGUCGCUGAGCUUGUGGCGACGAAUUGAAUUCACGGUUUCCAAGCGAAAAGCAACAAGAUAUACUGUUGACCACUUCCUGAUAUUGAUGUUCGAAUUUGCACGUUAGAUCUCGGAAAUGCGGGAGGUAAAAUGAUCGGAAAACAUUUUCCUAAAGUAUUAAAUGCUGUUACCAGAAGUCUAAUGCUCGUUGUUUGCUCUUUCAUAUCGAAAAUUGGCGGUCAAAGUUAGUAGUACCACACAUGAAAUCUUCACAUAAAGUUUUCUGUUUUUUGCCCCGUUUGAAGGGCCACCAUAGUAGUACCUAUGAAGUAUAUGCUUGUAGUUUGGGGGGUAGCGUGACUGAAUGAUUGAAUGAAGUACACCUCCUGUGUAGAAAGAAUGAAAUCUACACAGGAGGUGUACUUCCAUCACACAAAGAAUGAAAUCUACACAUAGGAUAGUGUGUAGAACGAUCUUAUCAAUGUCUAUCAUUGUCUCUCACCAACGAGGGCUCUACCACUAUCUAAAAGAGCCUUCCGGUCCCUAGACGUGAUGUUGUAUGUCAUCCUCCGGACCCUAGACGUUCUCACCCGACGACACCAAUAUGAAUAAACAACACCAAUACAACUAUGCAGGUACGUGAACCGCGUCUUAGCGUUUAUCUUCGCAACAGACGAGAGCCUUCUCUAUUUAAUGUUCAUCUAGAAUGCCAUAGGCGUGAUGUUGUCUGCCGUGUAUUAGGUAUAACUCGCACUCUGUCUCCUGUGUGUUUUGGUCGUUUACGUCCCUCUACUUCUAGGUUGUCUAAUAAAUCUCGAUAUGAUUUUUAUGUUGUGAGUGUAUGAAUUUAAGUUACCACUUUUACAUUCAUUGAUUUCUGCAGUAGCCGUGGGCAUGGUACAAUAUAAAAAAAGUUUUCAUAGGAGUACUUUGUUUUUGGCAUGGAUUGACGAGGCACUACAAGAAGAAAGUAAGUCAGGUGUAUAAUAUUUCCAAGAAAGUCAGAAGUAGAGGCGGUGUUUAUCUUCAUUAGUCUUAAUUAGAGUCUCUCCCUCUCCCUAUGGGGCGAUUGCUCCAGCAGGUCCAUGGACGGCUGAGAGAGUAUUGUAGUUAAUGCUUUGUACUACUUGUGCUAGAAGUUCUUGUUGUAACUCAUUGUUCUUGUUAGCUCGGCUACAACACACCAGUUCUUAGAGCUCAAAUUGAGGCUUUUUCAUUUUCUUGUUCUUGGUUCUUGAGGGGGGAUGGAAAACUAGAAGAAAGAUGUAGAAAGGUAUUCAUGUGGGCCAUCAAAUGUCAGGUCUGGCGUAAGUUUGGUCCCCACUCUUAUACCACAGGAGCAGAAGUAGACUAGUUGAAAAUAUACAGGUCCUAGGCUUUGAGUUAAAGGAGCGCUAGAUUGUCUCAAUAUUGCUUGGCAGCUACUCUCUGAACAAAAAAAAGGAGCAAUCAACAAAACACUCAACAACGACCGCAGGAACAAGUUGUUUAUUUUUUAGUUCUCUAAUGAGUGCCGCAUUUUCACGGUUCGCCGCACUCUGUCUCGAGGAGCUAAAAAAAGAGACAUUCAUUCUGGCUGACUAAACCUGCGACUACACGGGGGGGGGCCUUGCUUGUCGGAUGUUGCGUUUGUUGAGGAUUUGAUUGCCAAUAUAAUCAGAGGUUGAUUAGAAGCUAAGAAUUUAGAAAUAGUAGACCAUUUGGCCGAAGACUCUGGAAUUGAAAAAAAAAAAAAAAUCCAACAUGGAGACUGACCCUCUGGUGCUUGUUCCAAUCAAAUCCCAAAAUCAAUAUACGUUUGAAACAAGGGGGUGAAAUGCUUGCUUUUUCUGCGCCCACCCCAGCUGGUGCGUCGAAUAAUCAAAAAGUUUGUAAUUUGUAAUUAUAGAAAGUGUAUUAAUUUCUGCCGAUCCGGUGCGUGACGCGCAGGGCUCCUGAUGCGGGAGCCCCUCUAAAUCAAUCUAAACCUAGCAAGCUUCUGUUGUAGGAAAAAAAACAGAACAAACGGAGAAUACUCGUAAUACCAACAUGGAAAACAGUAGUUGGUGAUCGUAACAAGAACAAG